GAGCGUUUUGGAGCUUUAUCAGUACAUCUGCAUGAAAUGGCCUAACGGGAUAUGCUUUGUCUCCGAGCCCGGCUGUCCCUCGGACGUCUGAAAUGUCGUCUUUCCGCCCUUACUCCCUCAUCUCUCAGAGAGUGAAGCGGGAACACCGUUGAAAUGAAGACUGACACGGGGAUGAGAAUUUGAGCUGUGUGUUUGUAUACCUCGAGUGGGAAAAGCUAGCGGCUCGGCUAGCCAGCUAGCCAGACAGGUCAGACACCCCGGCGACGGAUCGGAUAUCGGAUUUGUACGGCCAUGGCUGGGCUCAUCAAGAAGCAGAUCCUGAAGCAUCUCUCCAGGUUUGCUAAGAACCUGUCGCCGGACAAAAUCAACCUGAGCACGCUGAAGGGCGAGGGCCAGCUGACCAACCUGGAGCUGGAUGAGGAGGUCCUCCAGAGCCUGCUGGACCUGCCCACCUGGCUGGCCAUUAACCGUGUAUGCUGCAACAAGGCGGCCAUCAGGAUACCAUGGACAAAGUUGAAGACUCAUCCAAUCUCUUUGACCCUGGAUAAAGUGGAGAUGGAGAUGAGUACCUGUGAUGAGCCCCGUCCCCCCAAUGGCCCGUCUCCCAUAGCAACAGCAUCAGGACAAAGUGAGUAUGGCUUUGCAGAGAAGGUGGUAGAGGGAAUAUCGCUGUCCAUCAACUCCAUCGUCAUCAGGAUCAGUGCCAAGGCCUUUAACGCCUCCUUUGAGCUCUCCCAGCUGCAGGUCUACAGCGUCAACACCAGCUGGAGCAUCAGUGACCUGCGAUUCACUCGCAUCCAAGACCCUCAGAGGGGAGAAAUCCUGACGUUCAAGGAGAUCAGCUGGCAGAUGAUCCGCAUCGAGGCUGACGCCAUCCAGAGCGCCGAGCAUGAGAUGUUGAGCGCCCCCAUUCGCCUCAUCACCAACCAGUCCAAGAUCCGAGUCACUCUGAAGAGACGGAUUAAGGACUGUAACGUGGUGGCCUCCAAGCUGAUUCUCAUCCUGGACGACCUGCUCUGGGUGCUGACAGACUCCCAGCUCAAAGCCAUGGUGCAGUAUGCCAAGUCUCUGAGCGAGGCCAUGGAGAAGUCUGCACAGCAGAGGAAGAGCAUGGCCACGGAAGACCAGGUGUCAUCAGCGCCCCCCUCAGCCCAGCAGGUGCGCACCCAGCAGGCGUCCACAGCAGCUGACCAGAGUGCAACCAUGGCCAAGCUGUUCAGUGCCUACGACGUAUGUGAGACGUCCCACCAUCUCCAGAUCACACACCUCGACCUGCACAUAUGUGACGACAUCCACGCAAAGGACAAAGUGAUCAACAAGAGAAUAACGGGUGGAGCCAUGCAGCUUUCCUUCAGCACCAUCACAUUGGACUACUACCCUUUCCACAGAGCAGGUGACAGUUGUCUCCACUGGAUGCACUACAGCGAGGCCACCAAGACCAGAGAGGGCUGGGCACGGAGUCUGCUCGAUGAGUUCAAGUCCAACGUGGAGAUGUUAAAGGGCGCAGUUCGAGACCAGCAAGGCCCGGCCCCCACGCACAGUUCCCCGCAGCACGGUAAGAUAAGCACCUCUUCCAGCACCUCCUUCAGUCCUCCUCCCACUCAAAGCCCCAAGACCCAGCUCAUGUCCAGCUCUGUUGUUCUCAGGAUGGCUGACUUCAGCAUCUACCAGGUGUCAACAGCGGACCAGCGUCGCUCCAGCCCCAAGACCAUGAUCUCCUGCAAUAAGAAGUCCUUGUACCUUCCCACAGAGAUGCCAGCCAUUCAUGUGGAGUUCACAGAGUACUACUUUCCUGAUGGAAAAGACUACCCAAUCCCGUGUCCUAACCUGUACGUCCAGCUCAACGCCCUCCAGCUGGUUCUGGAUCCUCGCAGCCUGGUGUGGAUCAACCUUUUCGCCCUCGACCUCAGGCAGAGUCUGGAGCAGUUCAUGGAGAUCUACAAGCUCAGUGACUCGCAGAAACCCGACGAGCACGUUGACAUCAAGGUUGACGGCCUUAUGCUCAAGCUGGUGAUUCCCACCGAUCGGGACACCUCCUGUCCCGCCGAUCUGCCUCGCUCCAUCUCAGUGCAGACCUCAGAAAUGGUGGCCACGAACACCCGGCAUCCUGCAAACUGCACGCGCUCCCACCUCGAGGCCCUGCUGCAAGCGUUUGAGGAGGAGCCCUACUUCUCUCCCACUUUCUCCUCAUUCCCUCGCUCCUCCUCCUCGUUACCCCUCCUCCAUCCAGUCUUCCAGCGCCAUGCUCACGAACAAGACACCAAGCUCCACGACAUCUACCGGGGCCUGGUGGUGCCGACGAUGGGCACAGACGCCCUCAAAAUGCCGGCCGCCACUGACUUUUGGGCGUUGCACUUUGCUCAGUUCUGGGUGGACUAUGAAGGCACCCGUGGAGGCAAAGGGCGGCCGCAGCCCUUUGUGGACUCCUUCCCCCUCACCGUGUGGGCGUGUCAGCCUGCGAAGAUUGUGCAGCACCAGGAGAGGCUCAGAGGUGCUGCUGGAUCAGGUUUAUCCAGGAGCACGUCUGGAGAGGCUAUUGCACGUCUACAGAGGAAGCGAUUACUAAAGGAGUAUUACAGUACCGAUGGUGCACCGGCGUCAUCUCACAGCAACAAUGCAACACUGCCGCCCAGCAACGGACUCCACAAACCCCUCUCAUUGGACAGUCUGCCUUCCUCCUCCUCUUCUUUGUCAUCAUCAAGUGAAGAUACAGGUGUGCAUGCAUUGGUGCACAUGCAGAAGCAUUUAAGUGCUCAGGUGAGCCACCGGCAGUAUGUGUUUCUGAUGCAUCUUCAGCGCAGCAUCAAAGCCCUGCAGCAGACACUACAGCAGGACCUGGAGGAGAUGGGCUCCAAGAAAGACCGCAAGGAUCCGUCUCAGCAUCCUGCAGACCACCAGCCCUUCACCGUCUGCCUGGGCCUCCUGCUGAAAAGUGCAGAGGUGUCCCUGCUCCUGAAGCCCGUCCCCCAGCCUGAGGGUUCGAGAUCUCCCCUGGGGUCGGAGCUCUCGCCCUCAGAGAGCAGAGGAACUCUGGAGCCGGGGAGUGAUGCGGGAGACGGGGCAGAGAAGGGGAGUGAAGGAGCUGGAUCUGGGUCUGAAGGAGGAGCAGCCAAAGGGGCAUGCACUGUAGACCAGCUGUUAUGUGGCGAUGGCUUUGAGGGUGGAGCCACACAUGGUCCCGUUCCUCUUGCUCCCACCUCCUCUUCAACCACGCGUCCUGACUCAAAUCACAAAGCCUCACUGGAGGAGAGGACUUCAUCUAAGAACUCUGGGAGGUGGAGUUCAGAUGACGGGGGCGAAGCAGUAGCGGAUGGAUUGGCUGGGGGUGAAGAAGUUGGGCCUGGACUAGACUCUAAAACCCAGACAAGUGACCCCCUGUCUGACCCGCUCAGCAGCAAAGACUGGAACGACAAAGACUCGGCUGCAGCCGCAAAGAUGCCUCAGAAAGGAAGUUUGUCUGUGGUUUCUGAUCUCCUCAGCUCCUCAAACUCCAGCAGAUCCACCUCCCUUUAUUCCAUGUCCAACAUUGGUCGUUUGAUGCGGGACCGCUCCCAGUCCAGUUUCUCAGUGUCCUAUAAGAACAUGAAGAAGAGUCCGUCCCUGCAGUCGCUGGACAACAUCUCCAUAGACAGCUACUUGAUGGAGGACGGAGACACAUACAGUCUGCUGGAGCGAGAUGAUGUGUCCAUCUCAGGCUUCAAGGACGGCAUCAGCGAACAGAGCGCCACCGAGAGCGCCACCGAGGCAGUGAUUGGUCAGGAGCAGGAGGGAGGCGUGUCCCCCGACACUGUCAGCGCUACCUCCCAGAGCACCGACGAUCCCACCAAAGAUUUAGUGUCGGUGCUGGUGCUGAAGGUUAAAUCAGUGUGUGUUGGCAUGGAGGCGGUGGGCGAGAGCACGGUCGUGGCUCUGGAGGUGGGCCAGGUCACACCCAGCCAGCUGGGCAACGUCAGCCUCAGGCAGUACCUCAGCAACCGCAGCCUGGGUAUGGUGUGUUCAGUACCAAUACCUGCUCAAAGCAGCCAAGCCGGCAGUGAGAUCAGCUCUGCCUCUGUCGGGGGUCUCCACAGUCCAGAGGUGCGGGCUCGCCUGGCGAGCGGGCCCUGCGCCGCCGCUCACUCCCCGCUGGCCGAGCGCAAUGGCUUCCUGCAGCUGCGUCUCCACGGAUACCGGGCAAGCUUCUUGAUGUCAACAUUGCGCAACCUGGCCCUCUUCCUGGAGGACGACUCGGCGCCGCAGGUGCUGCCCAUGGAGAUCAGCGUCAGGGACACGCACAUCAACUUAAAGGACGACGGCCCCCGGGACAACCCCGCUGACUCCGAGCCGUCGCCGAUCACCCUGCAUGUGGACAGCCUUAUCAUACACAGAGGAGACGACGGCUCCUUCUCUAUAGGAGUGGACGCGGCAGCGGAGGCCAAACUCAGGAAAGAGGGCGCGUUGAUCGACAGCGGUCUGAGUGCGGUCCCUGAGGUGCUGGGCGGCGUCUGCAGUGUACCAAAGGCUACACAGACCCAAGCUCCGCCCACCAGCCCCCCUCCAUCCACCAGAGAAAAGAUGCUGAUGGAGGAAAACGAAUGUUUGAAAGUGGAGCUUUCCCGAGCCAAGAUGGCGCUGGCUGAGGCUCAGAUGGAGAAGGACUCGCUGCUGCACCGCAUGAAGAACCUCAAAGUCAACACCAGCUAGACCCGGCUCUCUCCCGUCGCGCCCGGCCUGUCAAUCAUUCAGCAACCACUGGUCUGCGGUCAUUAGGACUGAAGGUCGAGGGUCAGCAACAUUAUUAAAGGCGACAUCAACAAGUGAAGGAAAAAGGAGGAUUUCUUGACUAAACCUGCUUCCUUUAUGCGCUUAUUUGUUGGGUGAGCCACCAUGUGACUUUAGACUUCAAAGUAAUUCCUUCAUAAAGCAAUGCAGAGUCUGCCAGGACUCAAAAACACACCUUUUUACACGCCCGUCGUCUGUUUUACGUUCUCCACUUUGGACUGUGGAGGCUUGCUGCAUUUGGAGACAGUUGGAAAGGGAGAAAUGACAUUAAGUGGGACUAAAUGUGUGUGUUUGUGUGUGUGUGAAAGAAAGAGGGUGAAGAUCUAUAUCCAUGGUUGUGCCUACACGAAACCCUUCCCACACUCUUUCUGUUGUGUAAGUAAAAAAGAAAAAAAAGAAAUCAUUCAGUCCUGUAGGUAUGAAGGAAAGCUGAAUGUUGUAUCUUCAGAGGAAUGUCUCAACAAAUGAUUUAUUUUGCACUGCACUGAAUUUAAACUUGUAAUUUAGUGCUUUCAUACUCGGAGGGGACGAGACAAAUCAUUCUCUCGCUCGUCCUUGCGGUGUGUACAGUGUAUAGUGUAUAAGAAUGUGAACACACAACUAUUUUCUUCAGACCUUUGGAUGGUUAUGCAGUGUUUCACUUGAAUGUGUGUGUGUGUGUUUGUCUCAGCCAGAACAAGCAUUUCAUUACAAGCAGAGGAUAAAUUUCUAUCAGUUUCACGGCUUUGUCAGCAAAAUGCCCCACAAAUAACGUCUGUAAUCCCCCCCCCCCCCCCCCCCCCCCCCCUAUUUUUCUAUGUGUAAAUAGCUGAUUAACACGUGCAGCACUUUUAAAAAAACUGAGGCACUGUAAAUACAACAGUUAGAAGACAAGUCAAGCCGACGAGUGGAGAGAGCGAUUAGGAAAGUAUCUCAUGUGCUCUCUUCUAAAAAGAGGAAGAAUAUAAAGGCACAUUGAAGCUGCCUGACUACACGUGUGUGUGUGCGUGUGUCUUUAUGUAAAUUUCUUAUCUGCCAUGUGUAAUUUUUUCAUGAGUAAGUGUCGAACAUAUCUGCUGCUGUUCCAUGCUUCACCCCAGUGUGAUGACUUCCGGGGGAAAUCCCCGAGUAGAUGUUAAAGACGACUAAAAGCGACUGACUUUUCUAACAGCACACGCUUUGGCACAGCACAAAAGACUCUAAAAGGACGGUUUGGCUCUACCUUAACGGUCAAAAAGGAUUCAAAUACAUCCGUCAGUCGACGUGUGCAGCUGUCGUACCCGGUACGUUAGCUCAGCUCACUUCAUUUCAGUUUGUCUGUGAAAACACAGUCAGUCCUCUGCACAUGAGGAGCAUCAAGACUUGAAAUGUCAGAGCUGGGAUAUUAACACGAUUGUAUGUGAAGAGUUUUGUUUUACAUCUGCGUUUAUUCAUCACAGCCCUCCUCCUCCUCCUCCUCUUCUUCCUCCCGUCUCUGGGAAGCUCUGAAACCCGGCUGAGGAAGAAAAAGACACAAAGUAAUAAGUUGUAUUUUGUCUGUCAAAGCUGCUGAAAUACUGAUGAAAAUAAAAGAGGCUAUCCAGUUUACAAGGUUUCAUAUUUGUAUUUUGGUGCAGAUUUAUUUGCAAAUGUCAUUGUUUUUUUUUUUCCCCUCUUCAUCAAUUUUCAUCAAUCAAUAUAUCAUGUUUUUUGGUACCAACUACAGAAAAUUAAUUGCCAACUGUUUUGAUCAAUUAAUGUUUCUUAAUUAUUUUCAAGCAAAAACUCCAUUCAAUUCGGUUGAAUGACACGUUUGAAUACAUUUCUUUGGGAAAUUAAAACAACAGUUUAUCACCGUUUUCUGACAUUUUAUCAAUCAAUCAAUCAUAAAUCAGUUGCAGCCCUUGUACCAAACAAAUGCAUCCAUAGGACAGAAUAUUAAAAACUACACAAUAAUAGCCA